AAUAUAUACAAUAAUCUCAAGUCUCUCUUUCUCUCCUUCUCUUACAAUGAGUAACUUUGUUAAUAGCUUAUUGUAUGGAUUUACCAACAUCCUUUCUAUUGGUCCUGAGAUACCUAGAGACGGACAAGAAGAUUGUUGUUCAAAAGGUGAAGGAUGUUGUAAAGCUCAAUCUACUCCCGAAAAAGAACCAACUACUUCAGAACACAACUGCUCAUGUGAACAAAAAGAACCUGUUGUUAUUGAUCAUCUUAAAAUUAUUUUUUCAUCUCUGACUGGCACAGCAAAGUCAAUGGCUACUGAUCUUCAGGCUAAAAUUAAUAGUUCAUCGCUUACAGUGAAAAAAUUGGAAGUAUUAGACGUUACAGAAUAUGAUAAUGAUUAUUUACUGCAGGAAACGGCAGUAUGUAUAUUUAUUUUAUCAACUUACAAUGUAGAAGGACCUUUGGAUUGGUUUACUAAUUGGCUUCAUGAUCUUCGUUAUGACUUCCGAGUUGAUCGUGAUGCAUUGAAGAAAUUAAGAUAUGCAGUUUGUGGAUUGGGUGAUUCAGCUUAUGGAGAGGAAUUUAUUGUAGCAGCUGCCAAUAUUGAUAAAUGGCUAGGACGCUUAGGUGCUACUCGUAUUUAUCCUUUAGGUGAAUGUGAUAAAAAUGCAGAUCAAAAGGGGCAAUUUGAGGAUUGGGCAAAUGGAUUUAUUACUGAGCUCCAAGAUCAACAUACGUUGGAAUUUGCACCUGCUCAAGAUAUUGCAUUUCAAUCAGAAGAUGAAAAUGAAGACGAUAAUGAAGAAUCUUCAGAAACAACUCCUACUAUUGAUGAAGAAGGAUCUGGCGAUGAAAUGAUAGAUCUUGAAGAUAUGGGUAAAAUGGCAUCUAAAAUUAAAGCUGCUAAAGAACGUCGUGCUGAAGAAGAGCAAGAAUUUGAAAACAGUAAAGCAAACCCAAAACGAACUAUUGGCGAAACUACAGUCACUAAAACAGAGCCUCGUGCUAUGGUUUCACCUAUGAUUCAUAAAAACUUGACAAAGCAAGGCUAUAAAGUGGUUGGUACCCACUCUGGUGUCAAGAUCUGUCGUUGGACAAAAUCUGCCUUAAGAGGUCGCGGCUUUUGUUAUAAACGGGCAUUUUAUGGGAUCCAAAGCCAUCUUUGUAUGGAAACUACACCUUCCUUGGCCUGUGCUAAUAAAUGUGUCUUUUGUUGGAGACAUCAUACUAAUCCAGUCGGUACUACCUGGCGUUGGCAAGUGGAUGACCCUCAGUUUAUCUUGGAUGGCGCACUUGAAAAUCAUUACAAGAUGAUCAAGCAACUCAAAGGUGUACCUGGUGUCAAAGCAGACCGUUUCCAAGAGGCCUUUCGAGUACGUCAUUGUGCACUUUCGCUCGUUGGAGAACCCAUCUUCUAUCCUUAUAUCAAUGAGUUUGUUAACAAGUUACAUGAAAAGAACAUUUCUUCCUUCUUGGUAACCAAUGCUCAAUUCCCAGAUAAAAUUAGAGAUAUGGUCCCCGUCACACAGCUUUAUGUCAGUGUAGAUGCAGCAACCAAGGAUUCUCUUAAAAAGCUAGAUCGUCCCCUUUUUAGAGAUUUUUGGGAGCGUUUCUUGAACUGUUUAGAGCAAUUAUCACUUAAAGGGCAACGUACAGUCUAUCGUAUGACACUUGUGAAAGGAUAUAAUACAGCUGAGAUUGACGGUUAUAUUGAAUUAAUACAUCGUGGAAAGCCCUCAUUUAUUGAAGUCAAGGGUGUCACUUAUUGUGGUUAUAGUGGUGCAAGUGACUUGACAAUGGCUAAUGUUCCAUUUCAUGUAGAAGUGAUUGACUUUUGUCGACAGGUAGUUGCUCGUUUAGGUGGAGAGUAUGAGAUUGCAGCAGAGCAUGCACAUUCAUGUUCCAUCUUGAUUGCACGCAAGGAAUUCAAGAUUAAUGGAGAAUGGUAUACGCAUAUUGAUUAUGAUAAAUUCUUUGAGCUUGUAAAGAGCGGUAAGCCAUUUACGAGCAUGGAUUAUAUAGCCAAGACACCAGAAUGGGCUGUCUUUGGACAUGAAGCAGGAGGAUUUGAUCCAACUGAAACACGACAUUACCGAAAGAAUCGAAAGAUAGUUACACCACCUGUUAUUCCUACUACUACUACUACUACUGAUGUCGUCUUAUAAAAUUGAGACAACUUUAUGUACAAUAUACAUAUAUAUGAAAAUCAAUAAAAUAAAAAUAAUUUUAUUUAUUUAUUUAA